CAGUGACAAAACAAAAGAGAAAGCGCUGACCAUCGGAUUCUUUCAGCUGUUCCGCUUUGCCACAUGGAAGGAGGUCCUGAUGAUGGUGGUGGGAGGCGUGUGCUCUCUGGUCCACGGCGCCGCGUCUCCUCUCAUGCUGCUGGUGUACGGCAUGAUGACCAACACCUUCGUGGACUAUGAGCUUGAGAUUCAGGAACUGGCCGACCCGAACAAAACCUGCAUUAAUAACACCAUCACCUGGCUGGACGGGACUGUGGUCGAGCGGCUGGACAACAGCACCACGUACUGUGGGGUGGAUAUUGAGGCUGAAAUGACCAAGUUUGCGUUGUACUAUGUUGGAAUUGGAGUUGGAGUCCUUAUUCUGAGUUACUUUCAGAUCGCACUCUGGGUUUCUGCUGCCGCCAGACAGAUCCAGCGCAUCAGGAAAAUGUACUUCAGGAAGAUAAUGCGGAUGGAGAUCGGCUGGUUUGACUGCAACUCCAUCGGGGAGCUGAACACGAGGAUAUCUGAUGACAUCAACAAAAUCAACAACGCUAUAGCAGACCAGGUGUCAAUCUUCAUCGAGAGGAUCUCAACGUUCAUAUUUGGCUUCAUGGUGGGAUUCAUCGGCGGAUGGAAGCUGACGCUGGUGGUGAUAGCAGUGAGUCCUCUCAUAGGACUGGCUGCAGGACUCAUGGCGAUGGCUGUGGCGAGGCUGACGGGUCGUGAGUUGCAGGCCUAUGCUAAAGCAGGAGCAGUGGCCGAUGAAGUCCUUUCCUCUCUCAGAACGGUGGCCGCUUUUGGAGGAGAGCACAAAGAAGCAGAGAGGUAUGACAGGAACCUCGUGGUGGCCCAGGCGUGGGGUAUUAAGAAGGGAGCGAUCAUUGGUGUGUUUCAGGGUUACCUUUGGUGCAUCAUAUUCCUGUGUUACGCUCUGGCUUUCUGGUACGGCUCAAAACUGGUCAUUGAAACCAAGGAGCUCACACCCGGCGGCCUCGUUCAGGUGUUCUUUGGUGUUCUUAUGGGUGCCAUGAAUCUGGGCCAGGCCUCUCCUUGUCUUGAGGCCUUUGCCUCUGGUCGGGCCGCAGCCAAGAGUAUAUUUGACACUAUUGACAGGGAACCAGAAAUCGAUUGCUUCUCAGAAGAAGGUCAUGCGUUAGACAAAGUUAAAGGUGACAUCGAAUUCCACAACGUUCACUUCAACUAUCCCUCCCGUCGUGAAGUGAAAAUAUUAGAUGAUUUGAAUGUUGUGGUUAAAGCUGGCGAGACGACUGCAUUCGUUGGACCCAGUGGAUCAGGAAAGAGCACAACAAUCCAACUCAUUCAGAGGUUCUACGACCCAAAAGAAGGAAUGGUCACCCUGGAUGGUCAUGACAUCAGAAGCCUAAAUAUCCAGUGGUUGCGUUCCCUUAUUGGCAUAGUGGAACAAGAGCCUGUUCUGUUCGCCACCACGAUCGCGGAGAACAUCCGAUACGGCCGUCCUGGAGUCACCAUGGAGGAGAUUAUAGAAGCUGCCAAACAGGCCAAUGCUUACAACUUCAUCAUGGAUCUUCCUGAGAAAUUUGACACAUUGGUGGGUGAAGGUGGGGGUCAGAUGAGUGGAGGGCAGAAACAAAGGAUCGCCAUUGCUCGAGCGCUGGUCAGGAAUCCCAGAAUCCUCCUGUUAGACAUGGCCACAUCAGCGCUGGAUAACGAGAGUGAGGCUAUAGUACAGGAGGCCUUGGACAAGGCUCGACAGGGAAGAACGACUAUCAGCAUCGCACACCGCCUGUCCACCAUCCGUAACGCCGAUGUAAUUGUGGGCUUUGAGCAUGGACGUGCUGUAGAGAGAGGCACACACAGCCAGUUACUGGACAGAAAGGGAGUUUACUUUACCCUAGUCACACUCCAGACUCAAGGAAAGGAUACAGACAGUGAUAAACCAGAGAAGAAGGAGGAUGGAUUUGAGAAAGUAAGGAGCUUCAGCAGAGGAAGUUAUGAGAGCUCCUUAAGGCGUUCUUUGAGACAGCGAUCGCAUUCUCAGAUGUCAAACAACAUUCCGGAUGCCAUAUCUGGAAAAUUCGAAAUCCACGCAGACCAAUUUGAAAUGGAGGAAGUUGAAGCAAACAACAAGGGUGAAGAUAAAGAGGUCAUUGAAGCGGCUCCUGUGGCACGAAUCCUGAAGUAUAACCGUCCUGAGUGGCCGUAUAUGCUGCUGGGCUCUUUAGGUGCUGCUAUUAAUGGAUCUGUCAACCCCAUCUAUGCUCUUUUAUUCAGUGAAAUCCUUGGGGUUGUUCAAGCGGCUCUGGAUGAGGCCCGUCAGGGACGCACGUGUAUCGUCAUUGCUCACAGGCUUUCCACCAUUCAGACUGCUGACAUCAUCGCUGUGAUGUCACAGGGCGUGGUCAUCGAGAAAGGGACCCAUGAGGAGCUCAUGGCCAGGAAAGCAGCCUACUACAAACUUGUCACCACAGGGGCCCCUAUUAGUUAA